AUGUCUCGCGGCGGACGAGGCGGCGCACGCGGCGGUAGUAUCAGCAACAUGAAGACCAACGAAAUCCCUUUCGAAAUCGACCCGGAGCUCAGCGAAACGGCAGACCGUUGCAACGACGACGAUGGCGAGGCGCGCAAGAAGGACAAGGACAGCGCGAGGAAGAUCUUUCCCAAUUUUGGUGAAAUGAUCUUCCCAGCACCUAUUACACGCUUUGAGCGAGCGAUUGUACAACUCGACCGUGCAACGACUGCCCGGCGCCGUGCAGGCCCCUUCUGGACCGGCAACAAGGACCAGUGGGCGCAGUACGAGGCUAAGACCGACGGUCCAGUGCGUGGCCACUACAAUGCGUUCGAAGACGCUGCGACGUACUCGAGGCGACUCAUGAAAAAGCGAUGGAGGCCGGCGGAUCUUACAGAGAUUAAGCUGGACAAGCGCUUCUUCCCCAAAGAACUCCAGGGCCUCGUCGACAAGGACUACGAACGCAAUGCUAAACGACAGAAGACGGGACCAGCCAAGAAAUCCGUCACCGACAUGCUUUCCAGACUUGACGAGAAUGGCGACGAAGACGAAGAGCCCGAGUCUGAUGCUGAGGCUGAUGCCGACGAUGCGAACAAAAGCCAGAAAGGCUCAGAUGAUGAAGAGGACUUCGACAAGGAGCCCGGCGAUACGAAUUUCGAAAGCGACGAAGAAGAAAUGGGUGGCGACUACAACGCCGAGCGGUACUUUGACGGUGGGGAUGAGGACGACGACGAAGGUGGUGGUGGUGGUGGUGGUGGUGGUGAAGGCGAGGAUUUUGGUGGUGAAUUUUGA